AAAAUUUCAGAUACUCGCCCUAUUAGAGCCUGCUGUGCUGCAGCUGCUCAGACUUGGACUAGCCACCAUAGCAGUACAGCGGUCGAUGAGGCUCUAUGGCGCAUCACUGAUCCAGGAACCGUUAUUUGUAUGAAGCUGACGUACCCGGCCUUAGAAACGAAUGCCGAGGGUGAUUAUCGAUGGAUGACCUGGGGAAUCUGACCAGUUGCCAAAACGCCGCCCUGGUCAUUUUGGCCUUCCUUCAAGCGGACUGUAGAAAUUCUGAGUACGGGAAGGAGCUUCUCUCCCUGGGGCAGGAAAUAAAUCUUACCUGGGACAUCAGUUGCAAUGGCCCGAGGAAAAACGCUCUGGACGAUGGAGAACUUGAAACUGAUGGUCACCCGGCCAUUUGUAAGGCACCUUCUUUGGAAGAUAUUCAGCCUUCAGUGGAACUGCAGCGGCCUUGGAACCAUGCAGAGGCAGCAGCCCUUCAGCAGGUUGCAGAAGGGCUGAGAGAAAUUGCAGCCCAGCUUGAACACAAUGUUGUGGCUCAGGCUACCCAGAACCUGAGCAGGAACAUAUCAAACUCCCCCUCUGAACAGUGGAAAGACCACCUUACCUGGGAGGUGGACAGGGUGAUUAGACAGGGCGUGGGUCUGGAGCAUCUACCCCAGGAGCGAGUUAUCAUGGCCCUCACUCUCACCCUGGUGAAGGGAGUGUGCGAACAGGCCCCACGACUGCUGAGAAACCUCUUCAACACAGCACUGCAGUACAUCAGCCUUCCAAUGGCGAGGUGACUUUUGAGCUGCAGGCUGAGAGGAAAUAACUGAUGAAAGUGUGAUGGAAGACAGCUGAAUCUGAAACUGGCACCUGCUCCUCAUGACCAGUCGACUGUGAAAGGAGCUGCGUUGACUUAACAGUAGUAAAAACACCUUUUAAACAAAGGAAAGUGACAAAGAAUCAUUUGAGUUUAUGGUCAUAUUUUGAAAAUGGGAAAUAGGUUGAGUUUGUGACACUUGAAUUUUUUUCAUUACUUUAUGAACUCUGAAUCUUAAUUGUUUACUUUUACUUAAAAGUGUAUCUUUUCAUUUUAUAUUUGAAAUACAUGAUUUAUUUUGUUUUUAGUUAUUUUGUUUUUGGCUUAUGCGGCCAUUAUAUUGUGUAACUGAAAUAAAUAUAUUUUCCUGA